AAUCCUGAACACGCAGAAUCUGUGCAAACAGGCGCGCGAGAAUGAAAAUCUCGCGCCCUUGUUUUCCCGCUCAACAACAACACCUUCCGCGCUCUAUAAUCUCCUCCAUCUCCUCCAUUUCUUCCCAAUCCACCACACUCGAUUUCGAUUCUGCACUCAAUCAAUCUCCAAUUUCUCAUCGAUGCCUUCUCUCACCACCAAGCGCAGACUCAGAUCUGCCGCACCGCCGCCGUCUCCGCCCAAGCGUCACCGCCGAUGCACGCCGUGUUCCGCCGCACCGUCACUAAUCCAAGAUGUAACCGCUGCUACGAAACCCAAGUGGAAUCCUAAAGAUUGUGAGCAGUUGAAGAUGGUGAAGGAGGCACUGCACGUGUCCACCGCGCCGGAGACAAUCGUUUGCCGUGAGGAGGAGCAGAAUGUGGUUUUGGAGUUCUGUAAAGGAUGCGUUGAUCACCAGAAGGCUGGGAGUCUUUACAUAUGUGGUUGUCCUGGAACUGGCAAAUCUUUAUCUAUGGAAAAAAUCAAGGGACUUUUGCUUCAAUGGGUCUCCCAGGCUGAUUUCCCGACACUGGAUGUUUUAUCUGUGAAUUGCACAUCUCUUGUCAACACAACUGAUAUUUUCACCAAGAUACUUGGGUUAAGCAAAGCACCGGGGAAAAAGGUUUCUGGCACACCCUUACAGCAACUUCAGCACAUGUAUUCUCAGAAAUCAUCCAGCAAGAAUAUGACAUUGAUAAUAGCUGAUGAGUUAGACUAUCUUAUAACUAAAGACAGAGCUGUGCUUCAUGAUCUUUUCAUGCUUACAACAUUCCCGUUUUCCAGAUGUAUAUUAGUAGGUGUUGCAAACGCAAUUGAUCUAGCUGAUCGAUUCCUACCGAGGCUUACAGCAUUAAAUUGCAAGCCUGAAGUUAUAACUUUCCGGGCGUACUCUAAAGAUCAGAUCCUUAGGAUUCUUGAAGAAAGGCUAAAGGAACUUCCUUACACUGUCUUCCAACACCAAGCGCUGGAAUUAUGUGCUAGGAAAGUUGCAGCUGCUUCUGGAGAUAUGCGAAAUGCUCUUUGUAUAUGCAGGAGUGCAAUAGAGAUUCUAGAAGGGGAAAUUAGAGAAUCUGCCUCCAAUUUGGAUACCUCGUUGGAAGAGAAAUCAUCCACUGAACAGAAUCUUGCGACAGAUCCUGAUUUUGUUAAAAAACAAGAAUUUGACAUAGUAAGGAUUGAUCACAUGGCUCGUGCUUUGUCUAAAACAUAUAGAUCACCGGCAGUGGAUACAAUACAAUCUCUGCCACAUCAUCAACAGAUUAUACUCUGCUCUACUAUGAAACAAUUCCGUGGUGCCAAGAAAGAUGCAAUUCUUGGGGAGUUGUAUAAAUCUUACAUGGAGAUAUGUAAAUCAUCACUAAUUCCACCAGCAGGAAUCUUAGAAUUUUCAAACAUGUGCAGAGUGCUGAAUGAUCAGGGGCUUAUUAAACUAGGACAAUCCCGGGAGGAUAAAUUGAGAAGAGUAUCACCUAAAGUAGAUGAGGGUGAUAUUACUUUUGCGUUGCAGGGAAUCCGAUUUUUUCGGAACUGUCUUCAAGACUGGUGAUUCUCAUUCAGCUUGAAGUAACAGUAGAUUCUUCCACAUGUCAAGGCUGGAAGCCUCUACUUGGCAGUUCAUAACAUCAUAUGGCUCAGACUGGUGUCUUCAUUACAUGAAGUGAAUAUACUCGAUGAAACAUAGAGUGGAAUCAACUUAAGCAGGAUUUUCAGCUAAGAAGCAAAAGUUGUUGAAGGAUAUUUUUUUUUCCUGGAGCGAAAAAUAACAAUAGAUGAAAGUGUUAAUUACAAUCUUUAUGUAAUAAAAUAAAGCUUCUCAAAUGUUAAUAUUAGCCAUCAAUGUUAUAUUUACUUGGUGAUUA